AUGGUGGAUUACGUUAGGUGCUACCGCCUCAAUGUUUUUGGUUACCCCGGUGCGCCUGGCUCGCCUCGGAACAUUGCAUUACUUGAUCAGCGUAUGGCAAUAGAGUGGGUUCGAGAUAACAUUGCGGCUUUCGGGGGUGAUCCUGGCCGUAUUACUCUAAUCGGCCAUUCUGCCGGCGGAGUUACGGCUGAUUACUAUACUUAUAACCACAUUGAGGACCCUAUUGUCCAUGCUGUCGUACCCAUGUCUGGCACUGCUAUAAGCUUUUUGCCCAAUACCCCAGAACAGUCUGAGAAAUACUGUUCCGGUGAUACACUGCCCUGCGUAAGAUCAAAGUCUGCUACGGAUGCCCUAGCCGCAGUAGCCGAGGUGCCACCCGAGCCCACUAGUCUACUACCACAGCCGGUGUUCCACCCAACUGUUGAUGAGAAGCUCGUCUUUUCGAACUAUGAAGAGCAUGCAGCCAAGGGAACGUUUGCUAGAAUACCAUACCUAAUUGGAAACGGCGUUUAUGAGGCUGGAUACUACAAAAUCUCCGCGUAUGCUCAGAACAUCACCACGAUAAGUGAAAAGGCGUGGCACUUGUUUAACUCGGCUGGAAUCACAUGCCCAAAUGCAAGAGAAGCAAGUUACCGCGCAGCAAUGAGUGUCCCAACCUGGCGAUAUAUAUAUUUUGGCGAAUGGCCUAAUUCGAUUCUAUUCCCGGGGAGUGGAUCAUACCAUGGCUCUGAUGUGGCUCAAUUAUUUGGCACAGCAGAGUAUGUCAGCAACAGAACUGCAAACACUGAUACCGAAGCCAAAUUCUCAGCGUAUAUGAUGCAUGCCUUUGCUGCCUUUGCAGCAGAUCCUCGUAAGGGAUUAUCAAAACUCGGAUGGCCCAGAUACGGGACCGAUGGAAGGGGAAAAACCUUGAUAGGAUUGGCAUUUAGGAAUGGGUCCCGAGCAACCUACCUGCCUCCUUUGUUCUCCGAUAUUGAUUGUCCGCUGGUUGGUACAAACACGUCUUAUGCUCAUGGGGGAUUUUAA